AUGGUGGCCGCAAGUUUUUAUACGCGAGACAGCUCAAAGUCUAAAGGAAUCACAAGUUUAAGAUGCAAUAAAGCAGGCAAGUGCACUAAGCAGACCGAAACCGGCGCCACACACACGCAGAGGGACGUUCUGCACUGCUCCUGUUUCCUUAACGUUAAGGUAGAGGAGAACGGUGCUGUAAGCGUCAAGGGCUGCUUGGGCCAUGUCGGCCAUACAAUCGAGUCUGCCCUCCUACGCCUAACUGCGGCUCAGCAACUUUUCCUGAAAGGACUUUUAGAAGAGUACUCUCAUGAGUACAUCAUAAGGCGGCUCAGGAAAGGAGUACCCCGCCAAAACUUCGAGAUUGCAUUUUGUUACCAAAGGGGACCUUUGGAGAAUUGCAAAUCGUUUCGGUCUAAGACCUGGAUAUCGUCACAAGGAUGA